GACGGGGACGCAGACAGAGCGCUCGGUGAGGGGGCAUGGACGAACCCACUUAUGGGACUUAGCAAAAGCAAAGGCCCGUCAGAUGUGCCCAGCAGUUCAAUUCAGAAAUCCAAGAAUAAGAGUCAGAGCAAAUAUGUGGACAGACAGUCAACAAGCAGCCGUCCUAGCAUGAUUUCCAAUGCUUCCAGCAGUUAUGGAUCUGUGAAAACACCUAUGAAAUCUCCACGAAAUAUUAAUGAAACUGACCUGGCUUCUGAUUCAAGGGGUAGAAGGUCCGAACCAAAAAAAUUUCUUAUUCCCCAAAUCGUCAUUACUCGAGCUUCCACUGAGACGAUUCAUACUCUAUCACCAGAGGAUGAUACGCAAAGGACCAUAAAGGACAAGACUGACUACGGUCCCUACUACCGGCACAGGAACCCCAGCACUGUCGACGCAUACACUAAAACUGAGCCUGAGCGUCCAAAACCCAAAUCAUUACUGUAGGAAUCCUCUGGGACUCCAAUGCCACCUUUGGAAGAUGGCUGCAGCUCUGCAGCCAAUUCUCUGGCAAGUGACCUUGGCCUCACUUCUCCCAGUGUCAUAGGCAUUUUGGAGGAGAUCAGGAAUGACUCCUCCUUGGAAAGUGAACUGGGAAGCUUUGUUUAAAUAAACACAUAAAUAAAUGAAUUUUGAAAAUGGA